AUGGGUAAAAAGGGUAAAAAGGGAGCAUACCAUGGCGCUCGCCUGGAAUUUUUACUUUCUCAAAAACCUGCAUUCCAAAAGGCGACCAGCGAGAAGAAUAAGGCCGAAGUCCUGGCAGAUAUUCAGCGCCGAUUUUUCAAGCGCUUUCCACUGGAAAAGCCAGACACCUGGGAACCGACAGCAGAAGAGCUGGACGCGGUCGAUGAUGACGCACCUGACGAAGAACCUGAAGAGCCUAACAAGGAUCUUAUGUCGUUAGAGGAUUAUGAAAAGGCAGUUGAGAAAAGGAAGGAAAGGCAGGCCUUGCUUGCGUCGCGCAGAAAUAAAAUCCGCCGUUGGUUCAAAUACCAAUACGACAAGGAUCAUUCUGUCUCCUUGAGCUUAGCCGAGGACCCAUAUUUCAACCUUAUUCAGCAACUCUUUGGAAAGGAAUCUAAGAAACCUCGUCUCAAAACUCCGGUGAACUUGUGGAGAAAGGUGCCUGAAAAUCAUGAUCUUAUCGAGGCCGAAAUAAUGGCGAUGGUUCCCGCGGUGGAUGUCAAAGAACUGGCAAAAACUCGAGACGCUGUCGCUCGACGUUUAUUUUCUAGCCUUGACGUAGAGGUUCAGAAACAAUGGAAGGAGAUUGCGUUGGAGCAGCAUGCAAAAGCACUCAAGGAACACGAAAAUUAUAUGACAGAAGGGCCAUCACUAUCACCUGAAGAACGUCAGCGAUGUAUUGAAUGUCUGACCCGGGUAAUGCAGCCCGUCCUUGAGGCGGUAUGCAAGAUGACGGGUUGGGUUUCAACGUUUAUGGCAGGUGGGCCUGAACCCGCGCGAGAGGGUUCCUUGAGCAUUGUAAGCGUACACGCUGGAGUAACCUCCGGUCCCAUCAAGAUGAAUUUUGGUGCCGCAGAACGUGUGCGAAUUAAAGAACACACCAUUCCGAUCUUUACUAGCUACGUUAGAAAAUGCUUCACUGCUGAAAUGAGAAAAUCCGUUGCAUUGCCCAAAGAUAAGGGCUUUGUUCCCUUGAGCCAGUCCCCCAACAUCGAUAAAGACGCGGUCCAUCUCGUUCCCACCGAGGGCGCAUCCAAACCUAACCAAUCAUCCAUUGGACAGUCAACAAACGUAUCCAAUCCACCCCCAGGACAAGCACAAGCCAUGGACCACGAUUCCACGCUCAAAGAAGGACGGAGGCGAAAAAAGAGGGACCAGUCAGAUAUUUGGGACGGUUUUAUCUCCUUCAGUGACAAAGAUCCCAAUAGCAGCGAUGGCGAGGGAUCAAUCUUCCAUGCAACAACUCCAGAGGUUAUACCCUCCCCGCCUGCUUCUCCUGUAUUGCGAAGUCAGGAUACAAUAAGCUCAAUAGACGUGCAGCCAAUUCAGCAUUCUUCCGAGCAACAUGGUCGCCAGGCUUCAUCGAUCUCUCAAACAACACACGUCGCAACGCAGUCAUCCGAUGGCAGGACUUCAUCCUCAACCCAGCCGGUGGCGGUAGCAGGGGCAACAGCCAGCAUUACAUCAGAUGCGAAUGUACCUUUGAUUUCCCCUCAAGUUUCUCUGACAAAUGUGGACAGUGCAGCAGCAAAGAACACGCCCACGGUUGCACAAACCCCUGCGUCACAGGCUACACGCUCUGGGCAAUCCGUUGCUGCAACCUUGAUCAGCCGUGUUCUCUUUGAUACGGCGGGAUCGCUUGUCCCAACGUCGUCCGCAGCAAAAACCACUAUCACGCCAAAGUCAACUGCACCUCAUGCCAAUGUCGCGGACGAAAGCGAAGAGGUCCUUGCCCCACAAUCAAGCCACCCGUCAGUCUCAAUGACGACACACAGCAACCGCGGAGAAGUCUCAGAGGAGUCGCAGAAAGUUGUGGCGAAGCAGAGGGGUGGAAAGCGAAAGGCUAUACAAAAGAAUGGCGAUGGCGUCUCAAAACGGCAGAAAAAGCCCGAAAAAACAAAGUCGACAUCAGCCAGCAGCGGCGAGAAUACUACGCCCCUUGCAUCAGACACGAACCAUGAUAACGCUAUGGCUGUCGAGACUCCCGGCGAUGCAACCUCCAGCCGCAGACGUAGUACCCGAAGCACUGCUGUAGCAAACGCUCCCACAAGACCGUCAGCCACCAUUGCUCCCGAGGGUACUGUUAUACUUCGCACGGGAAAGACUGCUAAAAAGUCCAAGUUUUGGACCUACGAAGAAGUAGAAUCACCUACCAAGUAG